AUGCAAACUAACAAGGAUGCGGAUCUUUCGAUGACGGGAGCGCCAAUGUCGGAAGAUGUAAAUCGAGCUCAAAAUUUAUUGAGAGAACUCGGCGUUGAAGAAUACGAUCCACGAGUUGUCGAUAUGUUGCUUGACAUUGCCUAUCAAACAGCCACCGAAAUGCUCCUAACUGCAAGAGCGGUCUCAUCAAACUGUGGAAAGUCGGCAAUAGACGCAACUGACGUUAGAAUAGCGAGCGGCUUUCUCGGAUACAAUAAAGUCGAUUCUCCGUCUAGGGAGCAAACAACUCAGAUAGCUGCUAACACAAAUACGACUCCACUACCUCAAAUCAAGCAUAGUUGUGGCCUCAAGUUGCCGAACGACCGCUUUUGUUUGUUGCAAAACAACGUGCAAUGGCGCAUGGACAAUCCACCUCCAAAAAUGAGAUUGACGCAACAAGGUGGUGGUGACGCUGGCAGUCAGAUUCGACCGGAACAAGUCAGCGGAAUCCUAAAGAGAAGAGCUCCAACUGAUGAUUUUGAU